CGGCGCAGACUUGGCAGACACGCGAGCAGAGUGGAGAUUUUCUCUGAAAAACAAGACUCCUCGGUUUAGUUUAUUCACUCACACCUGACUGAGAAUCAUUGUCUAACCAUGGGAACACAGAUUAAACUUUAUGAUGUUUAUCCUGUUUUUAGUCUUUAAGCGCAGACGCGGCGUGGACCUGUUGGAUCAAUUUGGUAACUUUUUUUUUUAUUCCCCACUCGCGCAGUUUUCGUAACUCCUCGUGGAAGUAGGCGUUCUAGAGAAGGAAGAGUGGAAAAUGAGUCUGACCAGCUGUGGGAAGAUGGUUUGACCCUGUGCAAAACCCCGGUGACCACCUCUCCCUCUCAAACACACGUGAAACAGCAGCUCUGCGUACACAUCGCUCCAAGUCAACAUGAGCCUGUCCGGCGGUUUGUCGGAUGCUUGUCAGCUCGUUUUACUCGACCGCAUGGAGCCGGAGCUGUGGAAAUAGGGUUUGCUAUCCAUGCUUUCUGGGGAAUAGUUGUUGCAAACACGUUGGGGCGAAGCAAACAGCCUGUCGUGCAGAGUUUGGAGAGAGCAACGAUGCGUGGCACUUUAGGCGCAUUCAUCCAGUCUUGUCUCAUACUCCUGGUCCGGGCAGACCAGUGGAGGCUGAAGGACUCCGCCAACUGCGACCUCAACAGGAAACAAACGGACCUAAACUCCUUUCUGUGGACCAUCAAACGUGAUCCCCCCUCAUAUUUCUAUGGUACAAUCCAUGUUCCUUACACACGUGUUUGGGAUUUCAUCCCUGAAAAUUCCAAGCAGGCCUUCCAGGAGAGCAACAUUGUGUACUUUGAGCUGGACUUGACAGACCCUUACACCAUUUCAGCCCUGACCAGCUGCCAGCUGCUUCCACAAGGUGAGAACCUGCAGGACGUCCUACCCAGAGACAUCUACAGGAGACUUAAAAGACACCUUGAAUAUGUAAAACUCAUGAUGCCCUCAUGGAUGACUCCUGAUCAGAGAGGGAAGGGACUUUAUGCAGACUACCUCUUCAAUGCCAUUGCUGGGAACUGGGAAAGGAAGCGACCUGUUUGGGUAAUGUUGAUGGUCAACUCGUUAACUGAGGCAGACAUCAAGACGCGAGGGGUACCCGUGCUAGACUUGUACCUGGCACAGGAGGCGGAGAGGAUGAGGAAGAGAACAGGAGCAGUCGAGAAGGUAGAGGAACAAUGCCACCCACUAAACGGGCUCAACUUCUCUCAGGUGAUCUUUGCCCUGAACCAGACAUUAUUACAACAGGAGUCUUUGAGGGCAGGAAGCCUGCAGGUCCCAUACACCACCGAAGACCUAAUCAGGCACUACAACUGUGGAGAUCUAAACUCCAUCAUCUUCAAUCAUGACACUUCACAGGUCCCUAACUUCAAUAAUGUGACGUUGCCACCCAGUGAGCAGGUGACUGCCCAGGAAAUAGACAGCUACUUCAGACAGGAGCUCAUUUACAAAAGAAAUGAGAGGAUGGGCAAGAGGGUCAAGGCCCUGCUUGAGGAACACCCUGACAAGAGCUUCUUCUUUGCCUUUGGUGCAGGCCACUUUCUUGGUAACAACACAGUCAUCGAUGUUCUUCGUCGCCAUGGAUACGAGGUGGAACACACCCCUGCUGGGCAGCCCAUAAGAAGGAGAUCAUCAUCCAGACCUAUUUCACCCCUUUUGGAGGGCCACCACGAUGAGUCCCCUAUGCUGGAGCCUUUCCUUCAUGAGCUCCCCCACAAGGAGGAGGAUCAUGGGCUGGAGGAUGAUCUGUUACCCCACAUGCUUCUGCCAGCAGAUAGCCUGGAGCUGCUGGAGAAAGCAGAGAGGAAAAUGCAGAAGAAAAAAAGGCGAAACAAACAGAAGAAACAGCGAAACCGACAUUUUAAUGACCUCUGGGUUCGCAUUGAGGAGAGUUCAAUGGUGCAAUCCCCUCCCCCCCCCUUGGUUCGCAUCAUUAAUGGCUACAUCACAGUGCAGCCGCUUCACAGAGUCCACGGCCACCACGACCACCAUUACCCACCAUCUGCAUCAGCCACUUCUUCAUCCUCAUUAUUUUUACUUCUCAGUUGCACAUUGCUAACGGUGAUCCUGCAGAUAUGGACUGUGAUCCUCUAGCAUGACAUUGGUUAAGACUGUAAAAAACAGUCAGUCUACUUAAGUUUAAAAUAAAAUAUUUGAUGGUUUUUAAUAAAUAUAAUAAAUAUGGGGUCUGCUUAAGACUAAGAUGAGGCUGCAAGAAACAUUUUUUCAUGCACAGAGCAGAACUGAGCACACUGAGCAUAGCAGGAAAGAAAGGUGACAACAAAAAAGAUGUCAAAACAUGACAUGACAAACAUGUCAGCUCCCUGAAGGAUUACAGGGUCCAAGUAUUCACCAUUCAGUGCCUGCAACAAUUGGAGAUGGAGUAACUUUUCAGUAUAAAAAGAACAAGAGUAUCAUUUACAACAUUGCUGAAUAUCAAAUACCUUUACUAAGCACAACUGGAACCACGUGUCUACUAUGUAUGUGAGUUAGAGGUGUGUAUGUGUACGUGUUGUAUGUGAAUGAACACAAUCUACCAGCUCUUACACUCCCUUUGCCUUCCAACAGAAGCGUUCUUCAGACCUUAAUUUAUUCUUCCAUUUUAGAGGAAUGUACUUAAUGUUGCAUAAAAUCCUUCUGUGGGGGAAAUUGUACAUAAUGUUUCUAAAUAUUAUAGAUUUGUAUUUUAGAGUUAUAAAAAAAGCGCUAAUUAUCAAAAGCAUUGUUGUUCAUAUAAAUAUAUAGAUAUGCAGUAUAUUUUUUAAAAUGAGAUCAGGAACUAACCACCAUAGUCCACAUCAUGUGUGUCACUGAAAUGAAAGUUUUAAAAGGGACAGAUGAUUGUUAUGUACUUUGUGUAUCAGUGUUCUAAUCUGCUUUAAUAUUUGUAAAAAAAAAAAAAAAAACCUUUUGUUUUUCACAUACAGGUAAUUUGUUUUAUUUAUUUAACUACUACAGUUUUGUUGUAAAUCAUAUGAGACAUUUCUUAUGACGUUUUAUAAAUAUUUUUUUUCACCUUUAUGUCCAAAUGUGUUUUUCUCACAGGUUUUAGUAAUAAUAAUGAUACUGCAGUUUAAAUUAAUAAGAUGUCUACACACGCAGACCACAUGCAUCAUAGUGCUUUAUGCCUUUCACAUUUCAUUUAUGGCAUGAGAUGAUUGUAUUAGUAUUGAUAAACAAUAAAAUAUUAAAUAGA